AGUGAUCUGUCAAUUUUAUGUUGUGCACAGAUGUGUCUUCAGUGCUAUUUUAAAUUAAAUACUAGCUUUUAACUAAAACAAACCAAUUUCAUUUUCAAUAUUUAGUCUUCGAAAUUUUCAAUUUUUCACUCAACAGGAUGGGAGCUGACUUAGGAUUGCGCUUUGGUCAUAUUUUAAUUUUAUAUCAAAUUUAGAUCAUAAUUUUUAAGCAUCUUUCAUGUCAUUAAUAUACCAUUUUUUUAUAUUGUACUAUAGCUAGAGUAGAAGUAAAGUUAUCCCUUUGUAUAUUUAUUAAAGUAUAUUAUAGUAGAUUUAAAAAUGAGUAUUCAAGUAUGUAGGGACACAUCGGACGCUGUACCGCUAUAUCUACCUCAACGUCUGUAUCUCAAGUCAUUCGCCAUGCUAAAUAUUUCUGUUCAGCUCCCAGCUCAGAAGGUACACGGAAAGUCAUUGUCCAAUUGGGAAUUGAUGGAAAAAUUAAGAAAAAUGAUCCAACCUGAUAGCUUUUCAUUAUUGAAAGUGACGAAGCAUAGUUCUGAAGUGAUAAGAUUUGACGCUGAAUUAGAGAAUCGACAAAAGUUGGAGCGAGUGCUGUCUCGGUUAGAAGAUAGAAUAGUUCAAUUAAAUGAUUAUCCGGAUCCUUUGAAAGUGAAAGUGUCUGAGGCGAAAUCUAACUUCCCAAGUCGACAUGACUGGGAUUCAUUCUUUCGUGAUGCCAGCGAUAUGGACGAAAUGAAGCCUGGUGAGCGACCUGACACUAUACACAUUAAGAACUUGCCUAUAAGAUGGUUUGUUCAUGAACGAGAUAGAGACGAAGAUGCAGCUCCAUCUGAGAGUUUAUUCAAGAAAAUAUUCGAAAAAUACGGUUCUAUAAGACAAGUGGACGUUCCAGCAGCCGAUCCAUACAGAAUGAAAAUGAAAUCUCAGAUGAGAGGCACCACAACACCACCACAAGAAAGUGCUGCAUACUUCGAGGGCUAUGUACAAUUUGUGGAGUACACAAGCUUCAUUCGCUGUAUGGACGCUCUGCGCGGGCGUAAGCUGUUGCGAAAAAAUGAAGACAUCUCCGAAUGGUGUCACAUUGUUGUUGAUUUCGAUAAAACAAAACACAUGACGGAUGCAUCUGUUAAGAGACGAGCUAUAGUCCGAGAGAGGCUGAUAACGCAACAGAAAACAAAGGAUCUUGAAGAAAAGCUUGAGAAAGAAAAACAAGCAAAGAGGGAAGCUAAGGAGAGGCAUAAAUUGGAACAUCUCGAACAAGAGAAGUUGGCUAAAAUGAGGGAAAGAGAGGAACGUAGAAAAAAGAAACAGCUAGCAAAGUUGAUGGAGAGAGAUGAUGUGGAUCUGAACCGACGGAUAGCUGAGGAAAAGAAGAAAUUACUGAAAACACAGAAACGUCUACAGGCUGUACGUCUCAUCGAAGAACUAUUUCAAAGGCUCGAGCUCCGUCCUGAACUACAGAGUCGCCAGCCGGAGCGUUACUACAAAGCCAGCGAGCGCUCCCGGCACCACGCUGUCACUACCAUCAAGAGACUGUCCGAGAAAGCUGUGGAUGAACAGCGGGAGAGAUACCAACAGGCCUUGGAUGGUCGUAUUGUGAUCCGUUCAGCUCUGGAAACUAAGAAACCCAAGAGAGAUUCAUCGAUGAGCUCAAUAUCAGAUGAGGAGCGGAGUCACGGUCACAAACGGGUCAAGGCUGAGAUGCUGUCACCGGAGAGAGACAUUUAUGGGAAACCAGGAGUGUACGCGUACCCAAAUCCAUAUUUCGGUUAUCCGAUGUCAGUGCCGCCGUACGCCUACCCUCAGAGCUCGUUGUACUGCGGGCUUCCCUACCGCCGGCGCGGCCGCGGGCGAGGCCGGGGACGCGGUCGGCUGCCGUUCUUCGACGGACCCGACGCUAACACACAGUACUAUCAAUACUUCAAGAAGCUGUCGGAGAUCGAGAAUCGCAACGAGCAUGAUAAUCGGAACCGGUCCCGGUCCCGGUCUCGUUCCCGUUCCCGUUCUCGUUCUCCUCGUUCUCGUUCCCGGUCUCGCCGCCGUUCGUAUUCCCGGUCCCGGUCCCGGUCCCGGCGCCGCUCGUACAGCCGGUCCCGGUCACGCAGCCGACGCCGAUCCCGCAGCAGGAGUCGACGAUCAAGAUCUAGGAGCCGACGGUCUAGGAGUAGGAGCCGCCGUCAAGCUUCCAGCAAUCGCAGGUCGAGAUCCCACAGUCGUUCGAGUUCGAAAUCCAAAAGUCGUCGUUCCAAGUCGAAGAGUCGUCGUUCCAAGUCGAGAAGCCGCCGUUCCAAGUCACGAUCCAAACGAACAGCGACCCCGAGGAACGGACCAGCUCCCGCAACACGACGGUCCAAGAGCUGGUCCUUACCGAGAGACGAGAGGAAGUCGUGGUCCAGAACACCCGAGAAAUUAUUGUAAUAAAUAUAUUUGUAA